AUGGAAACAGCAGGAUUUGGAUGGACACAAUACAGAUGUCUAUUGGAGGAAUUUUGUGAACAAGAUGACACCGAAUGCCAGCAUCCUAACAGUAUAGAUGGUAUUGGGUAUCUGCAGCAUGACAGAAGUCAGCAAUCUAAUAUACUCCGUCGAUUGCAACAGCUCAGUAUGUUAGAAUGUGUAAGGGAAUGCUUUUAUACAUCACGGUGCGUCGCUGUGAACUACAGGAAGAAUUGGAAACUGUGCGAUGUACUUGAUGAAUUACCUGCUAUAGAAAAUCUGAAAGUAGAAGCUGGGAACAUCUAUACUAAACGAUCAACCUGGUCUAAGUCUUUAGCGGGAUCAUGUGCAGACCACACUUGCUUUGUCGGAGAAAAAUGUGUAAAACUUAGAACUGGUGGUAAUAACUGUUCAUCCGUUUAUUGUAAGGAUUCUGUCCCAAUCGCAGAUAAUGCUACUUGUAUUGAAACGUUUGGAUUAUAUAGAAAUUUGAAAGCUGGAAAUAAAUUUAAAUGUAAAGCAGGGUUUUUGAUGAUAGGACGUCCCUUCAUAGUAUGUAAUGAACCUGGAAAAUGGAAUAAGAUGUUCUCAUGCAAAGACAAAGGAUUUCUUCCAAAUGACUGCAGUGACAUUUCACAGGGAGGUGUAUCAGGGGUUUAUACAAUUUAUCCAAAUGAUCAAAAGUUAGAAGUAUAUUGUGACAUGGAAACAGCAGGAUUUGGAUGGACUGUUUUCCAAAGGAGAAUAAAUGGCACUAUCGAUUUUUUCAGAAGAUGGUCUGAUUACAGGAUUGGAUUCGGAAAUUUGAAAUCUGAGUUUUGGUUGGGAAAUAAAUUCAUAAACCUUAUUACAUCUACUGCAAAGUACAGGCUGUACAUUCACCUUGAAGAUUUUGAAGGGAAUUCGAGAUACGCAGAGUACAGCAACUUCAGUGUAGGAGAUGAAGCAAAACAUUACGUUUUGAAUGUGAGUGGAUAUAGUGGGGAUGCAGGAGAUAGCCUGUCGUAUCCUGGUGACCAAAUCCACAACAGCAUGAUGUUUUCCACCACAGACAGGGAUAAUGACAGAUAUACAGGCAACUGUGCAACAUCGUAUAAGGGAGCAUGGUGGUACAAUGCAUGUCAUAAGGCUAAUUUGAAUGGAGCAUAUUUAGGUGGAUUUCACAACUCAUUCGCCGAUGGUAUCGAAUGGUAUACUUGGAGAAGAUAUAACUAUUCACUGAAGUCUACUAAAAUGAUGAUUAAACGACACUAAGACACGUUUUCUGAUACUCAAAUUGACAUUUUUAAACGAGCAAAACUACGUUUUGUAAAAUUGGUUCAAAGAUGUAACCGAUAUCUUUUCUUA